AUGGAGGUGGUCGACGAUCAGGCAGCUAUGCUGAGCAAUUAUGAGGUGUACUCAAUUCUAAAGGACGCCAAGCAGAGCAAGAAACAUAGCCAUCAGAAUGUGGCUACAAUCGUCUAUGAAACAUCAUCAUACUUGGAGAAGACUCCCUGCGGCAAGCAGAGCGAGGAAGCAGUGACGAAGUUUCUUCAAGCCCUGCGCGAAUUCAAACUAACCAAGUUGGAAAAACUGCAACUGCUGAACCAUAGGCCAACGUCUCAAGUGGAAUUGCACUUUCUUAUUGCAGAAAGCGAGGAGAGAUUUGGCGACGAGGAACUGCAGAAAAUAUUGGAGAUUGUGGAAAGCACUCUUGAUGCUCCUGAUUCAGAGUAA